UCUGGGAGGGGUGGCCCUUUCUGAGCUGUGGGGCUGACCCGGGUCCAAAGGUGGAGGGAUAUGAGUGGGACCCACGGGCCACGGUGGUUCCUGACCCUGCAGAGGCCAAGAGCUGGGGCUUCAGCCGGUGCUCCACGCAGGUACCCUGUUCCCAGGGCGUGAGCUCGUGAGGCUGGCGGGGGCUGUGGGGGAAGUUUCGGGGGCACCCAGGCCCACCCUUGUGAGGAGCCUGGUGGCUCUGCUGAUGCUGAGCUCCCUCGUGCCCCUCCCCCACAGGGGCCACAGCUCCUGCCAGGUCCCACUGGGGUCCCCCCAACUCGCUGUUCUGCCACAGCUUCCACCCCACAGAGACCCUGCUGUGCUCAGCCGAGGCCUCUGAGCAUCCAGCAUGCUCUUCCCGUGCCUCUGACAGGGGCUCCAGUCUCCCCUCCUGAGUGGACCCUGCCCUGCCCUUCACUCCGUCCCACAGAGGGUGGCCCGUGAGGACGGCUCAGGCCUGCUGCCGGGUGUGGUGAGGGUGUGGGACCCACACAUGCAGGGCCCUGGGACACACAUCCCAGAGCUUGUCCUCAUGGGGCGGGAGCUGCCUCGUGCGUCCUCCCCAGGAGGGACGGGGCCUGGUGAGUGCGGCUCCUCUCCCGAUCUGUACCUACCUGUGUGGGAAGCACAUGCCUCCCAGCCUCACCACGGGUCUGGAUGCGGUUUGUUCUUCAGGGAAGAGGCAGGCCUCUACCCCACCCUUGGCUGUGGCAUCACAGUGCCCCUCCCCCGCCCCCUGCUGAGAGCUGGGCUGGUGGGUUCUGGGCCUUUAGUGUGUGAGCGGCCGAGCCAGCAGUGCUGGGCCUGGGCCUGGGCCUGGACCCCAGUGGGGCCCCUCCACCCCUCUGCCCUGGGCAAGGCCUGGUCCCGAACAUGAGCCCUCCUCCUGACGCACUGAGGUGCUCCCUCCAGAACCCUGUCACCCAGUGACACAACCCCGUCAUCCAGUGACACAACCCCGCCACCCGGUGACACGACCCCGCCACCCGGUGACACGACCCCGCCACCCGGUGACACGACCCCGCCACCCGGUGACAGAACCCCGCCACCCAGUGACACAACCUCCAGUGACGCAACCCCCGUUGAUGCAACCCCCAGUGACAACCCCCAGUGACGCAACCCCACCACCCGAUGAGCCAUUUGCCAGUGGCAGGUUCCAUGUGUCCUGACAAUGUGGAUGUGGCCCUGCCAGCCUCUGCCCUUCCCCUGUAGCUGGGAGGCACUGCCCGGGUGUGGGUGCUGAGGCUCUGGGCUCAGGUGGGGGCUGUGUAGCCACAGCCCAGCUUUCAGGGCUGGCUGGAAAGAGGCCGGGCUGCUCUGUUCUGUCUCAGCUUCUGGGCCUUCCUCAUUCAUUUGUGUCAUCUCUAUGCUUUUUUCUUUUUUUGAGACGGAGUCUCGCUGUGUCGCCCAGGCUGGAGUGCAAUGGCACAAUCUCGGCUCACUGCAAGCUCCGCCUCUCGGGUUCACAUCAUUCUCCUGCCUCAGCCUCCCGAGUAGCUGGGACUACAGGCACCCGCCACUAUACCUGGCUAAUUUUUUGUAUUUUUAGCGGAGACAGGGUUUCACCGUGUUAGCCAGGAUGGUCUAGAUCUCCUGACCUUGUGAUCCACCUGCCUCAGCCUCCCAAAGUGCUGGGAUUACAGCUGCCCAGGCUCAGGGGUGGCAGGUCAUGCGCCGCAGGCCCAGGCAGCUCCAGGCUGGCAUCCCGCAGCAGAAGCACUGGGUCCAGAAUAGGAGCGGCCGCCCGGAGUGGAGAUGUGACAACCGAACAUUCCUGGUUCUUGGACAAAAAUGUGACCCUGGUCAAGUAUCCUUUCCAUGUGUUCAGUUUUCUCAUCUGAAAAAUGUGCUUGGGGCUCCCAGAAGGGAGAGGGCUGUGUAAACACCCAGCCCCCAGGCCGAGGAGGAUGUGCCCCUGCCUCAGGGCUGCCUGCGCCUCCAUGUGGGGCUCUGGGCCGGGAAGGCCCAUCUGCUGUCAGCCCUGAGAGCCUCCUGUCGCUGGGAGUCGGGAGUCCCCAUCCCUCAAAUGCGGCUCAGGCAGCAGUGCCUCCUGACCCUGGGGGAGCUCUUGGAAUGAGCCCUAUUUUAGGCAGGCUUUAGAUUCGUAGAAAAAUGGCAGAGGUGGUGCCAAGAGCUCUGUGCAGCUCCCGCAUCCCCGCAUGCUGUUCCUCUGACAUUAGUGUGGUACGUUUGUCACAUGUAAGGAACCCGUAUCAAUAGAGAAAUAGCUUUAAUUAAUAGUUAACUAAAGCCCAUACCUUAGGUUUCCUUCAUUUUUCCCUAACGGACUCUUUCUGCCUCAGGAUCCGUCCAGGAUCCCACGUGACAUUCAGAUGUCACGGCUCCCUAGGCCCCUCUUGGCUGUGAAUUUCUCAGACUCCUCUUGGUUUUGGUGACCUUGACUGUUCUGAGGAAGCUGUCCGUCAGCUGAGAUCUGUCUGAUGUUUUUCUCAUGGGUACAGGAAGGGACUGGGUUUGGGGAGGAAGCCCCCAGAGGCCAAGUGCCACUGUCACUCCACUGUAUUGGGUACACCCUGUCACCUGACUCACCGUGAGGCUGAGCUGGCCCCUGCUGGGUUGAGGCCCCCCCAUGCUGUCCCCUUUGGGAGGAAGUCGCUCUGCAGCCCUGGCCUCAGGGUGGGGGUUGUGCUCCACCUCCUGGAAGACACAGCAGUGACAGAGAUUGUUUGGAAUCCUGCUGGGAAAGGAGCUUUGUCUGUUCUCCCCGUGUAUGUAUCGCUCACACGUUGGUGUUGGUCUGGACAGAUGGAUGUUUAGUUUACACACAGCGCUACUUGAUUUUGGUGCCAAAACUGUUCCAGCGUUGGCUGCUGGGAGUUCUUGGCGUUGCCCCGGCUCCCUUUGGCCCCAUUGACGUGAGGGUUGUGUUUUUAGCUCUUUCCCACUGCUGAGCACCAACAGGUAUCCCAGGUGCAUCUUGGACAUCUCCUGCCAGUCUUGCUGUUUCUCUAGGGAGCCCUGGCCCUGGUAUUGCAGGAGGUGUGAGACCCUGAGAUCUGGGGCUUGGCACGCCUGACCCGGGGUCUGGGGCUCGGCGCACCUGUCCCGGGGUCUGGGGCUCGGCCUGCCUGUCCUGGGGUCUGGGGCUCGGCGGGCCUGGGCAGCGGGCCAUGUCUCUGAGAACUGCACUUGGUCCCAGCAGGCAGGUCUGCCCCACUGGCCACCACUCUUGGACUCUGAUGUGCUGUGGGCUUGAGGGGUCAGCAGGCGAGCACCAUGGCCUGGGAGGCUGGAGGGUGGACAGCCCCUCCCUCCAAGCCUGGAGCCCUGUCUCGCUUCUCCCCUUCCCACCUAGCGGGGAGAACAUCUGGCUUGGGCUGCCAGAGCCGUCCUUGUGGAACCCAAGCAUUGGGUCCUUGCCCCACGGCCGUUCCCAACCCUCAGUCCCCUCAGUCCCCUCCCAACCCAGUCCCCUCAAUCCCCUGUCCUGGCACCCUGCCCUGAGGGCCUCAUGCCCCUGGGGUGCGGGAUGCAGAGCUGGAAUCUCAGAGGCCAGGGCAGGGCCCGUGUUUGGGGUCCACGUCGCUCUUGGCUGGGAAGCAGGCAUCGAGCGACACUUGACCCCGGUGACCCCCACGCUCUGGACCUCCGCCUCCUGUGUGCGCUUUGUGGGCGAUUGUCGGGAGGGGACUCCCACGCUCUGGACCUCCACCUCCUGUGUGCGCUUUGUGGGCGAUUUUCGGGAGGGGACCCACACGCUCUGGACCUCCGCCUCCUGUGUGCGCUUUGUGGGCGAUUGUCGGGAGGGGAGUGGUGGUGACGUCGCUGCUCCUGCCUGGAGGGAGUGCCGUGGGGACUGGUGGGGGUCCACACUGGGCGGAGCUAGGCUCCGAUUCCUCCACGGCUUCCUGCUGUUAGGCCUCGCAGAGUCGCAUCCCUGUCGGUGUGUGCCCUUGGCCCAUGACGGUAACUGCCCAGGCCUCUGUCCCCGGGGCCCUGAACUCAGGAACCCCACUGGGAGGCUGUGCAUCCCGCCUGGGAGGAUGGGGGAUGGGACACGUGGGUGGGGGACGGUCCCUGCAGUGGGGAGCGGAGGUGCUGCGCCUGGCCUUGUGGGCACUGCAGCUACCCUGGGUGCGGCUCCUCUGUUUUGGGACCUUGGGAGGCAUUGGUCUCGCCCCCACUGCUAGUUCAUCUCUUAAAAUGAGGGUGCAGCUCCAGGGCCUGAGGUUUCCCCAACCAGGAAGGCUGCCCUGGACCCGGGCUCAGGUCUCCUGACCCCAGCACAUGGCUGCCAAGAGCCCUGGCACCAGGGGUGCACCUAGAGGAGGGGGCCUCACGCUGAUGGCUUCUGCAAGGGUGGGGACCCGGGACAGCUCUGGGCAGCCAGUGAGGGAGCUGCUGCUCAGGGGUGGACACAGGGAGGGGGUCAGCCGGCCAGGGGGGCAGAGCUUCUGCAUCGGGGCAAGGCUGGCCCAGGAGUGGCUGUGGGGAGAUGUCGUCAGCCCUGGCAGAGCCCCUGCAAUGAAUGGAGCUGUAGCUUUGAGCGGGCAGAAGGUUGGGAGAUGUGAGGGGCUGUCAUCUGCUGGUGUGAGCAGGAAGGGAUGGGGACUGAGUCCUUCCCCAAAUCAGCACAGAGCCAGGGUUAAAAGAAAGCGGGCGCUGAGGGCUAUUUUGGGCAGACACAAAAUGUCUGUCGUUCAUAUUUUAAGAGAUCCAUGAAUAAAAGAUCAAGUCCCCUGGCCCGAGGCUAAGUGUAGGGCUGGUCUGAGGACUCCGCAGCUCUGCCUUCCCGCCGUCAUCUGGGUCCCAUCUCACUAUGUGGGUGGCAGAUCUGAGAAGGCACGUGGUGUGGCCUUGCGGGUUCUCUGUUCCUUUUAAGACCCAGGUCGCUGUCCCAUCUGAACAUUCGGCCAGGUGGGUGGCUGCCUUGGCCAGCUGACCACAGGGAGUGCAGGCGAGCUCCCGAAGAUUCCCAUGGUUAACUGAGGGUGAGAAGCGCCGCGGGCAGCCAGAGCCUGCCUGGGGUGGACAUCAGAGAUGAGAGUGUCCUGGCCCGCCUGCGCCCUUAGUCAAGGCCCAGCUUGGUGGUUCGGAGAUCCCAGGACUAAAGGAAAUAGCCAGCAGCACUCAGGAAACCUCCUCAGUUCCUCCACCUGUCCAUGGGGGACUGCAGCACUCGUUGGCACCCCCCGCAGGUGCAGGCAGGGCAGGAUCUACGGUGGGUCCGCGCCCCUGUCCCCAAGUUCAGUCAUCAGGAGGGCAGGUGCAGCUCCCCACUGUAGCAUAGCGUGCGCCUUCUUCUAAAGAGAGGACUUGGGGACAUGUAGGCUUGGGUGGGUGACUCAGCCUUCCUGGGAAGUGGUGUGUACUGCGGGAGUGGGACCGGCUCUGCCUGCCAGGGUCCUUUGGCCCGAAGUGUGAGGUGUCUGCGCAGCCUGCCCUGGCCAGGCAGGUGGGGUGGAGACGCUGUAUGUCGUGAGAUGUGUUCCUGGCUGACCACUCCCUCCAUGCCCCACGGAGCCAGGAGGAUCUGCAGGAGUCACCAGAUUCCACAUGGAGCAGCUUGGGGCCCACGGUCACAGGACUGUCAAGCAGUUGCGCUGCUUGUCCAGGGAGGUCACAGGACGGUCAGGCAGUUGCACUGCUUGUCCAGGUCCAGCCUCCACAGCCACAGUGCAGCUUGGAACUUGGGGUUCUGCAGUGGUUUGGUCACCUCCAGCCACCACGACGUCUGCUCCAAGAAGGGAGGAGCCAGCCUCUGCCCAUGGGAAGGUGUUUAGGGGAUGCUGGAUGCUGACUGACGUGGCUUCUCUGU